CCUCGUUGCGGCCAGUGUAACCCGCGACGUCCGACCAUGCGCAGACGCCAGGACCACAGCUGCAGCCGGCACGUCGCGACGACACCGUGAAGAGACGAGAUAUGCGCGGCACUGCGCUCUUCGCCACCGUCACCGUCCUCCUAACCCUUUUGGUAUCGCAUUGCGCGGGCCGCCCUUGGCAUCAUCAUCGGCGGCAGCAGCGGCAGAGACCAUCAGUGCCGCCAACGCGACCGGCGGCGACGGCUGCCUCGAUUUAUGCAGAGUACGAUGAUCCGUCUGUGGCCUUGAACGGUCAGCCGCCCUCGUCGGAUCAGAGCCUGCUGCAGCAGGAACCACCGGAACCGGAUUACGGGGAACCAGGGCAGAUGUUCGUAGAACCGGAACGAGUGUACGCGGAACCGGAACAGAACUACGAGGUGGACGAGGCGGUGAGCGUGCUGAGCGACGGGCGCGUGCACGGCGUUCAGCAGCAACCGGCGCCGACGACCGCAGUGCCCGUGAGUUACGACGUCAGCAGCACCACCGCUACUGGCAACACCGACAUCUCCAUCACCGGCUUCACCACUACCACUACCACGACCACGACUCAGCCGGUGGAACCCCGGAAGAGCGGUUAUGUGGUGGACGGAAAACACUACAGGAAGUACAGGGUCGAGGAAGAGACGCCGGACGGGUUCAUCGUGGGCGAGUACGGAGUGGUCAGCCACCACGACGGCACCACCAGGGGUGUUCGAUACACGGCCGACAGCAGCAUCAACCCGCGAGUCAUCUACGAAGCACUGGCCAAGUUCUUGGCUCUCAGGCGGUAGACUGCACCGCGGACGGACGACGGGCCAGCCGGAUGAUGUUUAGCUGACAUUUAUCGCACUUCACAGAAUACUUAUUACUAUAGUAUAUAAUAAUCGUGGACUAUAAUAUCGUAGUGUAGGUCGGUUCGCUGUCGUUCGAAACUAUCUUAUUUUUUUUUUUUUAACGAAAUUUCUAGUCAGGUUCUAUUAUACUUGUCGCCGCCGCCACCGCCGCUAUCGUCGUCGCCAAUCGCAGCCGGCUUCAAAACAAAUAAAGUGAAGACCAACAACAAACAUCGUACUCAAACAUGAUAAUGAUAAUAGCAUUAUAAAUAUUUAUUACGCGCGCGUAUUGUCCGAAUCGUUUUUAGUGCCAUUUUCCGCCAACAGUGUGAUGAAACUAUACGUAUAGAAAAUGUACUCUCACUCGGUAUAUACAUAUAAUAUAUUUUACUGUGACUGAAAGAAAAUUUGGAAAAAUGUAGAUUCAUAUGACAAUAAAUAUUAUGUUUCGAUUGAAAUAAAUGUGCGUAACAUACAA